CAAAAUAACUUUAAUAUAAUAUUACUUGUGCUUGCGUGUUUGCAGAAUGAAAGGGUUUGCCGUUUUCUGCUUGCUCGCUUCCCUGGUCUUUGUUUGGACAACAUCAUGUGCAGCUGAAGGCAAUGUGACAGAGAGUGCCUUGGACAGCUUUUUAGAAAAUUUGAAAGACCACACAUCUAAUGUGUUGAAAUUUGAGCCUAGACCUGUUGCAGGGACUUGCCGCUGUGUUAAUGCUUCUUGUGGAUGUUGUCAGACAUUGUCCAUUGCAAAAUUACAUAUAAAGAAAGAAGUUUGCAUCAAUGUUAAGUAUCUGAAGAAAGAGAUUGGAUUCCUUUUGACCGUCACUUUAGAUGGAAAAUCCAUAAUAAACAAAGAGGUGUCAGUCCAAAAUCCACCACCGAUCUGUCUCAAAGUUCCUCUCGUGAAAAAGCUGAAGAAACUUGCUAGCAUAUGUAUUGAGUUUUCCGAAGUACAUGUUGGGAAAGAUGGCUUAUCCGGAUGUUCUGAGCUUACUGUACACUUUGUGUUUAUCAAAGUGUUAAAGUUAAAAAUGGGAUGCUUCAGAAUUCCAUUCUCUGAGUACGAACUAAAUAUAAUUCAACAACAAGGAGUUGAAUAUUUGAUACCAGGCAUUGACCAGUCAAAGGGAUCAAAAACUAAGAAAAUGGUUAAAUCCAACAGUAUUCUCUUCCAAAAUAGUGAUGGAUGGAACACCAUGUUAUAUGAAAGAAAGUCUGAUUACUAUAUUUUACCAGAAGCUCAGCCAGCAGAAGAAAUAUAUAUUGGUGACGAUCUAUCUAUUGGUGAUGAAAUAGUAGCUACAGAAGAUGGAUGCCAUUGCAGCGGGCAAAGUUGCAAUUGUUGCAAAACGGUGACCCUGAAAUUAAUUUCAUUGACUAAACAAGUAUGUGCCAACCUUGUAUUUGACCAACAGGGUCUGGGAUUUGAACUCCAGCUUUCGAUUGACGGAAAGGUAGUCCUUCGUCAUAAAGUUGAAGCAAAGAAUCCAUCACCUGUUUGUGUAGAGAUUCCACUGCAUGGAAUGCAAAUCAAAGCUUGUAUUGAAUUCACGAACUUGAAAGUGAGCACCACAGCCAUGUCUGGAUGUCUGGAUCUUAGCGCAAAGAUGAAGCGAGAAUACAAGUUCCAACUUGGAUGCUUCAAAAUCCCUCCUACAGAUCAUCCCCUUAGUGACCUAUUAUCUGAAAGUGGGGUUGUUGUAACAACAGGGGAAGGAUGCACGUGUUCUGCUAAUGGUUGCAACUGUUGCAAGACGAUAACGAUGAAAGGAAUCACAAAGACAGUGUGUAUUAAUAUGCACUACAAAGGAUUGAACAUCGACGUUAAACUCCAAGUUGACGGAAAAGUUUAUUUUUCCAAGGAAUUCGAAGUCAAGAGUCCACUACCAAACAUGUGUACAACCAUUAGCCUCAAAGGAACAUCUGUUAAGGUUUGCGUUCUGCUGACUGAUUUCAAGAUUGAAAGCAAAGAUGUAUCUGGAUGUGUUGGUGCUUCCGCUUCAGCACUUGGUCAACAUUACGACGUUAAAAUCGGAUGUUUCAAGAUGUCACCUGCUCAGUACAGAAUAUUCAAAUCGUCAUACAUCUUUGAAAGUGAAAUAGAUUAUGCAAAAUGAUAUUUCCUGUCUUUAAGUACACACCAAAGUUUGUUCUCAAUGUUGCAAACGAAAAUGUUUCUUACAAAUGAGUAUUAUGGUUUCGGUUGAGUAUAAUUGCAAAGAAUAUGUAAUGUUUGAUCAUAUAAUGGUACAAAAAUAUUUACAUUUAGAUGCUUUCAAAACUUUUGUACUUAGUGGUACUUUUGUCUAAUUUCAUUUUUAGCUAAAAGACUGAAAUCGUAAAUUUAAAUAAAGAUAUUUAAUUUUAUUAUCAUGUUGGUCCUAAUGUGAGUAGGAAAAUAUCAACUUCACAGAAAAAUCUACUUCUUAAUAACACAAAAUAUCAACAAUUGAAGGAAAAUUCAUGUAUUGAUUGUGCUGAAGACAAUCUUAGAAGUAAGUACUGGAUUCUGGUUGAAAAAAUGUAUUUUUUCCCCAUAGAUAUACCCGUUUAAACUAAAUUAAAUUAUGAAACCUUCAGUAAAAAUCAUGUAAAUCAGUUGAAUGAAAAAAGCUAUAUACACAUUUUUUGUAUAUUUUGUAAUACUAAUAAUAGGAAUGAAUUUGAAUAUUAUUUCUCCCAUCAGAAAGACAAACUAGAAAAUGGCCUAAGUUUGAGAAUAGUUAUCGUGGUCGACUUUGGAGACUAAUAUCAAACAAUAACUUAAAUUUUUAAUAGUUUAAGAUAAUGAUCAUGAGUUUUGCAUAUUUAUCAGCUGUGACAACUGAUAUAAAUAUGGAUUGAUUUUAUUGCAUUUUUUUCAAUACUUUAUCAACUACUUCUUUUAAAAACAGACUUAAAACUGAGAAAUGCAGACUUGCCUGUUUGUUUUAAACUUGCCUCUUCAACUUACAUGAUAUUUUUAUUAUAGAUUUUGUUUGUACAUUAUACUUUGUAUUGUUAUUUGUUUAUUUGUUUGUAAUAAAUAUUCAAUUUCUUA